UCUUAGCAAGAACGCGGUGUUCCUUCGGUAGCUAGCAUGCCUUUAACAAUAGACGGUUUAGACUAUGUGGAGUUGUUUUUAUUAAUAAUAGCUUACGUAUAGUAGAUAUACUAAGUUAGAGCGACGUUACAUCGUUGGGACUUUAUGCAAAUUGUUAUUUUGAAACUGGAUUAUUCCAACGAGCCAGCUUGUGUAAACAUUUAUUUGCGUGGUGAUGGCGGCCUCAUUGCCUCAGAAGGCGGGGAUGCCCGCUCAGCAGCCCCACCUGCCCCCCGGUGCUGCCUCGGCCGCAGGUCAGCAACAGAUGCCCCCCCAGGGAGCCCUGAGAGAGAUCUCCCCCGUGUUCCUCUGUCGGAUUGGACAGGAGACCGUCCAGGACAUUGUCACGCGCACCAUGGAGAUAUUUCAGAUCACAAGAGCCACGCAGCUUCCCAAUGGGGUGACCCAGAGCCAGGCGAUGUACCAGGACCGCUUUGGGAAGCUCCAGGAACACCUACGGCAGCUCGCCCUGCUGUUCAGAAAGCUCCGGCUCCUGUACGAACGCUGUGUGGAGAUGACCUCUGACCUGCAGGAGGAGCCAUCAGAGCUUCUGCCAUAUGUUGGAGAGGAGCUGGUUAAUGUCAAAGUGGAGCCCUGCAGUUCUGCUGUCAACCAGGAGAGAAAAGAGGUUCUCGAGAAGGUCCAUCAGAAGAACCAUGAGAUGAAGGUUCUGAUGGAUCAGAUGAGGAACCUGCUCUGGGACGUCAACGCCAUGCUGACGCACAGGAAAUGAUAGUCCCACUAGAUCCACUCUCUUUUUAAGAGAUCCAUCCUUCAACAGACGUAUGGACUGCAUGAAAGCAAAGAAUAUGGAAUAUGGGACCUUUCACUUAGGUGCACCUCCUUUGUGUUGGAAAACUGACAAAUCACUCACAGAUCUUCUACCGUUUAUUUUUUAUAUUGAAGUUGUUGAGGGGGAAACUAUUAUUUAGAGAAAACUUGAUGAAAGCUGAAAAAAGACAACCUGAUACACUGGAACGCAAGGAACGUUCUCUUUUUGUUCAAGGCAGCUGACAACCCAGUUUGUUUGACUAGUGUUCCACAACCGUUGUUGUGUCACUGUGUUUAUUCUUAUAAGUUAUGGAUUUUUGUUUUCAUACUGUUGAAAUAAUGAGUUGAAACUGCAUUGCCUCAGGUGAAAAACGAAAGAAAGAAAAGUGUUUUCUUGAAAUGCCGUAUUCAUGAUGUUUUCCCUCCCGGGUGCUGACUCGACACCAGACAGACUUGAAUUCACUGCAGGUAAUUUUUCCAGAAAGCACAGAAGCUGAGCUGACGACGACUGUGUUUACAAUAUGAACAAUUAACCUCAUGUUCUGUCAGUUGUAAAGAAUUCCAAUUACCCCAUUGGCAGCUAUGUUUCUCAGGUGCUUUGUACAUAAGUGUGUGUUUAUGUGCGCGUGUGUGUGCACGUGCUUAAUGAGUGCUAGACAGCACACCUGUUUACCCUGAGGCUGUUGAGACUUGCUUGCCUGUAAAUUUAUUUUUGUAAACUGGGGGACAAAAUGUAGUCCU